AUGCCCGUCAUGGAUGCCGCCGGCUCCGAACCCCGCGACCACGGCCUGCAACCCCGCCACGCCCACGACGCCGCCUUUAUCGACGGCAAGUUGAGUUUCGCCUCCCACCGCGGCACCGAGUCCGUCCGCCCCGAUGAGGUCGUCUUUGUCAUCCCCGCCCGCCCAGAUGUCGACUCGGGCCCCAUCAUCUGCGCACUCAGAGAGGACUCCGGGUCGGGGGAUUUCCCCUACCAGCUCGACAUCCUCGCCGUCGCCGGCGACUUGCCCGCUGAGCUGACUGACGGCCUCUUGCUUUCACACUUCCCCGAGCACCUCAACCCCGAGCCGGGCAGCCGCGAGGUGCACUUUGUCGUGUCUACCAAGUCGGGUUUGGGCCAUGCGCCAAAGUUUUGGGAUGCCGUCGUCCAGCCCUUGGUCGUCCUUGCCGGUCAGAAGACGUCCCGGGGCCAGUCCUCGACACUGCCUUCCGAACCACCUGCCCUUGACGCUCGUGAGGGCAAGCUUGGGUACAAUGUCCUGGUGACCGAGGACGCAGACAGCGUCCGCAACUUUGCAAAGGAGAGGUGGGCCGCGAGACAACACGUCUCGUCCAACGGGGCCGCCUCCCCUCCCGGAUCCGAGACCAUCGUCCUUCUGAGCGGCGACGGGGGCGUCGUCGACCUCCUCAACGGAUGCGAGGAGACGCACUCGGCAACUGCCCUGCCAACCCUCGCCCUCCUGCCAUUGGGCACCGGCAAUGCCGCCUUCCACUCCCUCCACAAGCCCCUCUACACCGAGACGGGGCCCUCGCAUAUGGUCCUCGGCCUCCGCACCCUCUUUUUCGGCGUCCCGGCCCCGCUACCGGCCUUCCGCGCAUCCUUCUCUCCGGGCGCACGGUUGGUCUCCUACACCGCCGACCCGGGCGCGCACGCUCCCGAGGACGUUACUCGCCACGACACGAGCAUCGACCGCCUCUUUGGCGCCAUUGUCGCCAGCUACGGCUUCCACGCGCAGCUCGUCUGGGAGAGCGACACCCCCGAGUACCGCAAGCAUGGCAGCAAGCGUUUCGGCAUGGUGGCUCAGGAGCUGCUGAAGGAGAGCCACGCCUACGCCGCCACGGUCGAGGUGCGCGGUCCGGACGGCGUUACGAAACCCGUCGAGAGGGAGACCUUCGCCUACGCCCUCGCGGCCCUCGUAUCGAACCUGGAGAAGACGUUCACCAUCUCUCCCGGCAGCGGGCCGCUGCAGGGACGGCUAAAGCUGGUGCACUUUGGCGCCGUCGGUGGGGAGAAGACGAUGGAGAUCAUGAUGGCCGCCUACAAGCAGGGGUCGCACGUUGGCAUGCGGUGGACCGACGGCGACGGUCAUGAGGAUUACCUUGGGUACGAGGACGCCGAGGAAAUUCGAGUGACGAUUGGAGAGAGCGAUCCGCGGUGGCGCAAGGUGUGCAUUGACGGCACCAUCGUCGAGAUCCCCGAGGGCGGGUGGAUGGCCAUUUCCAAGCUCGAGAGACCACUGUUCCGGGUCCUUGCUGAUCGGUCGAUAUUGUAA